CGUAACCAAGUUUUUUAUUGAAAGAAAAAACCUGAUCGUUUCAGUUAUGGCUUAAUCAAGCCUUUUAAAAACAAAAUUUAUUUUUACAGCUUGAAUUUGCAAGAUUUUUGGAGUAAAAAGAGAACCUUAAAAGCGAUUAUGGCAUUCGUUGUUUUAGUAGUUGGAUGGAUUGUGUUGGGACUGAUGGGCUUAAAGGUGUUGUACAGUUUGUGCAAUUUUAUUUACUGUGUUAAACUGAGUGCUGCGCUUGGCCACAGUCUGGAUUUACGACGAUAUGGACCCUGGGCGGUGGUGACUGGAGCAACAGAUGGGUUGGGUGAAGCUUACGCUUGGAAGCUUGCUUCCUUAGGAAUGAACAUCGUGCUCAUCAGCCGAUCGCACAGCAAGCUUCAAGAAGUGGCAUACGAUAUCAAGCGAGAGCAUCACACAAUCCAGAUAAGAACGAUCGCUGCCGAUUUCACCGAAGGAGAUUCCAUUUACCCGCUGCUGAAAUUUGAGCUAGUCAACCUACCGUCAGGAGUGGGAAUGCUGAUAAACAAUGUGGGAAUGGACGUGACAACGAGUCAAUUUGACGUACUGUCGCCAGAAGAAGAAAUCCAGAAAAUAAUCAACUGCAACAUUAUGGCCAUGGCGAGAUUGACGAAUUUAUUGCUACCCGGAAUGAGGAGUAGACAACGCGGAAUCAUUAUCAACGUGGGAUCCAUAUGGGGCACGGGCACUUGGUGUUCGACGGACCAAUUCGAACCCUGUUCUAUCAUUUAUGGGGCGACAAAAGCUUUCGUGGACAAAUUUUCUCAUGACUUGGCAGUCGAGUGCCGUCAGGACGGAAUAAUUGUUCAAUCCGUAAUGCCAACAGUGCUGGCAACGAAAAUGCACGGAUUACAAGACAUGUCGUCGAUGUUUGUACCCAAACCUGAGACGUUUGUGGACGCCAAUUUUUCAACACUUGGUAUCGAAUCAAGAACUGCAGCGUACUGGCUUCACAAAAUAUUGCUGUACUGGCGAGAGGUUUUGCAUUUUACUCUACCAGGUUCUAUGGCCCAGUGGUUUUCUAGGAAAAUUUAUGUUGGAAUCAAAGUGCAAAAGCUAUGGACUGAAAAAAUGAAUACUGUCAAGUAACAUGGCACGCAUUUGUGUCAUAUAAUAAUGAGAUUACUAUUUAAGAUUCCGUUGAAAGACGCAGUCUGAAACAAUUUUAUUAGCAGUAAGUUUGAAGGCAAAAGGUGAACUAUUUCAUAAUCGGAAAAACACGUUGAAUUGUGUUACCUCAUGUUAUUUAUGCAUGUAUAAUAUUGAUACACACGAUUUUGAUUCGUUGGUGAUAGUGUAUAACGUGUUCGGGUUUAAUAUGUAAAAAUUUAUCAUCCCAUCUUUUUAUGUUUCACCUAUAAUUAUGUGCCAAUUUUUUUUAAAAAUCGUGCUGGAUACUUUUCCUUGUCUUUCCUAUCACUGUUUUUGGGUUUUUCUUUACAACACCAAUAAG